CGGGCAGUGCAAUCACGCUUCAGUCAUGGCGGCGCAGAUGGCGGUAAAUUCAGGAGCCAGUCUGUGGGGCCCGCUGAAGGAGCUCUGGGAUGCUGUGGAAGGAGCGAUAUGGAGACGUCAGCCAGAGAGUGUUCAUCUGUUAGAUCUGCAGUUGAAGAAACACAAGCCCUACUUUCUUUCCCUCUUCAAAAAUCCACCAAAGAGUGCAGAACAGAGGGAGAAGGUUCGGAAAGCAAGCACAGAAGGCAUUGCUAUACAGGGUCAGCAAGGAGCUCGGCUACUUCCUGAGCAGCUCAUCUCUGAAGCCUUCAUCCUUAGUGACCUUUUUGACCUGGGAGAACUAGCUGCCCUAGAACUGCUGCUGGCAGGAGAACACCAGCAGCCUCAUUUCCCUGGGCUGACUCGAGGCCUGGUAGCUGUACUCCUCUACUGGGAUGGCAAACGCUGUGUGGCCAACUCUCUACGUUCACUCAUUCAGUCUAGACAUGGGAAGACUUUCACCCUUGACUUGAGUCCCGAAUUGGUGAAUCUGACCACACGACUCACAGAUGAACUGAUGGCUCAGGGUUUGACAAAGCAAAUUCUGAACUUGAUCUCAGAUAUAAGCCUGAACCGUGAGUUUGAGCGGCUUCAGAAGGAGCGAGGUCUUGGCAAUGAGAAGCAUAGGAAAGAGGUAUCUGACCUCAUCAAAGAGUGCAGACAGUCAUUGGCAGAAUGUUUGUUUGCAUGGACGUGCCAGUCACCUCUAAGCAAAGAUGACACCCUGGCCCUCAUUGGUUACUUGGAAACCGUGACAGCCGAAGCUGAUGGCUCAUUGGAUGGCGUCAACCUUGCUUUAGUCAUGGCAUUGCUUUAUUGCCUGGAUGUUAGUUUCCUGGAGCAAGGAAUGGAGGAUAGAGAAGACUUGCUUCAGGCUUUGCCUUUAUUGACGGAGAAGCAGUAUUUGUCAGCAGUGCACAGUCGGCUGGUGGAGGGUCAGGGCUGGAAGCUGCCAGGACUGCAGGCAGUGGUGCAGCUGGCUUGGGCUCUGUCUCUGAGAGCCCUUUCACAACUUCCACAGGGAGCAGCCUUAGUGGAGUUCACAGAGGCAGAUGAAGCUCUGGCUGACCAGGCCCUGUUGGGAGGAGUCUUUCUCUUCCUUACAGAGGGCAUCCUGGGUAGUGAUGGCUUCAGCCAUGAGGAAUUCUACACUCGGCGACUGCAUUCUCUCAUUACUGAUUUCCUGGCUCUCAUGCCCAUGAAGGUAAAGCAGUUGCGUAACCGUGCUGACGAAGAUGCUCGACUGGUCCACAUGGCUCUGCAGAUGGGCAGCGAGUCGCCAUCCUCUCUACGGAAGGACCUGGAUCACCUCAUGAUCCUAAUUGGAGAGUUUUACAGAAAAGAUCCAUUUGGCCUAGAGCUGGCCCUGGAGUUCUGGUGCUCUUCUGAGUCUCUUCAGCACACCUCAUUCACAGGAUCUUUUCUUGGAGUAGCUCUACAGCGACCCCCUCACAAACAGGUGGUUCUCUCUAAGUUUGUGCGUCAGAUGGGUGAUCUGCUCCCUGCUACUCUGUACAUCCCUUAUUUACGCAUGCUGAGAGGACUUGCUAAUGGUCCUCAGUGCUCACACUACUGCUUCAGUCUGCUCAAAACCAAUGGAGCUCCACACGGAGAGAACCGUCAGGGUGGGGUGUCAAGCAGUCUUGUGUCAUGGGAGCACUUUUUCCACUCUCUCAUGCUCUACCAUGAGAACCUGCGGCGGGACAUGCCUAGUGUCGACAGUACGCAGUACCGCCACCCGCCAAUCAGAGGCAUCACUCAGAGAGAGUUGGAAGGCCUCACUGCAUUCUUGCAGCUACUCACCACUAUCAUCACAUGGAGUGAGAAUGCACGCCUGGCUCUUUGCGAGCACCCUCAGUGGACACCUGUGGUGGUGAUGUUGGGCUUACUGCAGUGUAGUGUUCAACCUGUACUGAAAGCUCAGAUCCUGCACGUUCUUGCUGCCUUUGGCAAAUCACCAGAGAUUGCUGCCUCCCUCUGGCAGUCUCUAGAGUACACGCAGAUCCUGCAGACAGUCAAAGCUCCUGGCCAGAAACAGGCAGCAGGGAUUGAGGUGGAGCUGAACGAGAUUGAAUCCAGCUGUGAGGAGUACCCACUGACAAGAGCCUUUUGUCAUCUGAUCAGUACUCUGGUAGAGAGUGCACUUCCUGUGAAUCUUGGAGCAGGACUGCGUGCACCAGGAUUUCAGCCUUACCUUGACUUCCUGCGUGACUCUGUUUUCCUGGCCUUCCCCACACGGGCCUACCGCCGCCCAGCAGAAAAGUGGGAGGUAGCAGAAGCAGUGCUGGUGGUAUUUCAUAAACUUCUUAAAGAAUAUGAGCCGCAGACAUCAGACUUUCUGCAGGAGAUGGUGGAGUUGCAGGGAGAGCAGGUGCUGGCCCAUAAGCCCCCGGGGCACAGCCUAAUGUUCCACCUGCUGAAUGACUCACCCACCCUCUCUCUCUGUCUCAGCCUUCUGGAGGAGGGCGUCCACCAGCUAGACACCUAUGCCUCCUUCCCUGGUAAGAAGCAGUUGGAGUCUGCAGUGCUUCACUGUCUGUGUUUACUGGAGCUGGCUCUGCAGAAAGAGGUGACUUUUAUGGACCUACUGAGAGAGAGUCAGACAUCACUGCUGGUCUCUCCUCUGGAGCAACUCCUGCAGGGUGUCUGUGCUCGGAGCAGACGGGCCGAUCACAUCAGCAACAUUGCCAGGUACCUGUACCACAGUAGUUCGAACCCUGAGGCUGCAUUCCAGAGCGCCAAGAUCCUGCAGCGUAUCGCACGCUACCCAAACAUCCAGGCCAGACUGGUCGGAGACUUUACACAUGACCAGGCCUUGAGCGAGAAACUGAUGGCUGGUUUUGUAGAGUGUCUGGACAGUGAAGAAGCUCAAGAAGGAGUGGCUGCAGAUGACACAGACCCUGAGAAACGGGAGGCCAAGAUCCGACAUGAAACACAAAUCCAUAUCCUGAACCUGUUGAUUACAUCUCUGGAGCUUAAGGGACCCAACCUGGGCCUGUAUCUGCUGGGCUAUGAAGUCAAGAAGCCAGUUUCGUCUACUAACCUGCAGGACCCAGGUGUUCUUGGCUGUCCACGGAGCUGCCUGCAUGCGAUCCUCAGUCUGCUCCAAAGAGGCAGUGAGAGCCGUUCUGGACCUGUUCUCACCAAACAGGCCCCUCACCUGGCUGAACUCUGCUACCAGGUGAUCUAUCAGCUGUGUGCAUGUCCUGACACCUCUGGUCCCACCAUGCGAUACCUCAGGACCAGCCAAGACUUCUUGUUUUCUCACCUGCAGCACUUGCCGUUCAUCCUAUCAGGGAAUGAGAUCGCUGCUUUAUCUCAGAUGUCCUGGUUGAUGAAGACUGCAGCCAUCGAGCUCAGAGUGACCUCACUGAACCGCCAGCGCUCACACACACAAAGAAUUCUCAACCUCUUGCUCGAUGACCAACCACACACAUUACAUGCAGCAGCUGAUGGAGAGACUGGUAUGGAGGAAGAAAGUAGAUCAGUCAGUGGCUUCUUACACUUUGGCACCAUCUCUAAAGUACGCAGGAGGCUUUUGAGUGUUCUGGAUGCCAUAGACUUCAGUCAGGAGGCCCCAGAGCUUCUGCAGCUUGACUUCUUUGAGCGUGCUCAGAUUGAACAGGUCAUCACUAACUGUGAACAUGUCAAUGAACAGGGCCACACGGUCUGCAAUGUCAAGUUGCUUCAUCGAGUUUUAGUUGCAGAAAUCAAUGCACUGCAGGGCAUGGCUGCCAUUGGUCAAAGACCGCUUCUAAUGGAGGAGGUGAACUCAAUCCUUCAGCAGGUGGUGGAAAGGAACCGUGUGAGACGCAGUCUGAAUGCUAAGCGUCACUCUCUGCAGAGCUGGAGGAGUCUGGUGGAGACCAUACUCACUGCCUGUCCUGCAGAGCUCAUCCCAGCAGACCAGAGACAACUGAUCAUCAGAGACCUGCUGCUAGACCUGCAUGACAAAGUGUUAUCGGAAGAUGCCGCAGGUGAAUUAAUGCCAAUUGUAGCUGGAGCAGUCUUUACCUUAACGGCUCACCUCAGCCAAUCAGUGCUGUCAGAGCAGCAAGGGGCGGGGCCAGAGGGAGGAUCUGCAUCAGGAUUUGCUUCAAUUGCAAACUCCGGCCUUCACCUCAUCCUAAGGAAGCUGCUGGACUUUAUCUUGUGCACAGGUGGAGGUUUUCAGCGUCUGCGGGCUCAUCUCUAUGGUGCUCUGCUCUACUACCUGCAAAUUGCCCAGAAACCUGAGGAACCGGAGACAUUGCAGACAGGUUCAUCCAUGUGGGAGCGCUUGACUGCCCCUGAAGAUUGUUUCUCCAAGCUACAGAGAGAGAACCUGGUCAUCAUCGAGAGCUAUGGCACUGCUCUUAUGGAAGUGGUUUGCAGAGAUGCUUGUGACGGCCAUGAGAUUGGCAGGAUGCUGGCUCUGGCCGUGUUGGACAGGGUGUUGUCUAUAGACAGGCAGUGUCAGUGGCUGGUGUAUCUGUGUAACAGUGGCUAUCUGCGUGUGCUGGUCGAGAGCCUGAGACAAGAUGACAGUGCCUUGCUAACUCUGCUCACACCUCAGCCUCCACUACUGAAACCUUUAUACAUUUAUGAGUCCAAAAUGGCACUGCUGACCCGUGUGGCCAGGACAGCACAAGGUGCAAUGGAACUCCUGCGGUGUGGGCUGGUCGGUCAGCUGGUGGAAUGCCAGGUCUUCCAUAUGCUGCCUCAGAAUGAUGCACUCAGAGUGUUUGGUCAGAGAGAUCCUUCAGGGUUUAUUCCUAGUCCUCUAGAGCGUUACAGACAGAUCCUUCUUCCUACGCUCAGACUUAUGCAGGUCAUCUUAACCUCCACCACCACUCAGCACCAGCAGGGGGCAGCACAGGUGCUCCAGUGGCUCAUUGUUCACUCUGAUGUCAUUCAAUCCAUCCUGCACGGUCAUGAUAUGAGUAUGGGAGCUCUACAGGUACUCUCUCUGCUCAUGGCCAUCAUCAGCAAGACUGCACUGCCAGGAGCCCUUGAGAUUGGACAGGAAAUCAACAGUGCUGCCCUUAUGGAGUUACAGGGGCACAUUGGCAGAUUCCAGCGUCAGUCACUGUCUCUACUUGUGCGGCUGGUCGGUACUGAUCGCGCUCGCUACCUGAAGCAGAUUGAGGAAACUAUUGCCCCUGGUGACCUUGCAGAGAAGAGAGAGGAGAUGGAGGUUGCCAUGCAACAGAUUUGUGCAAAUAUUAUGGAGUACUGCCAGACGCUACUGCUGCAGAGCUCAGCUGAGGCCCAGUUCACUCUCUGCCUCUUCAGCCCCUCAGCGAGUGAACCAGCAGAUGUGUCCAUUCCCUCUGCGCGUGUUCCCAGCCUCGGUUUGGUUCUCCUCCUGCUGAAGAACAGUGCCACUGACUUCUUUAGAUACCAUGACAACCACAGACAGAGCCUGAGCAAGCUGGAGAGAGUGGAACAGCUCCCCCCUGAAGAACUUAAGGAGCUGUGCCAGGGUCUGGUGUCAGGUUCUGCUGGAGUGGAAAAGAUCCCGUCAGUGCAGAGAAAUGUGCUUGCCAAACGACGACUUAUCCAGUUGGUCAACUACCGAGCCAAACUGCUUUCCCUCUGCUCUUAUAUUAUUGAGACGUGCCUGUUUGUGAUUUGGCGCCACCUAGAGUUCUACUUGCUCUACUGUACUCCAAGUGACCCUAAAGACACACUGCUGCCAGGUUACAAAGAUCCUAAUGCGGGCAGAAGGUUAGGUGUGUCAAGAGUGAGCCAGCAAGAUCUUGAACAGUUGCAGAGUGAUGUGGCAAACAGCUUUAACGAGCCACUACAGAGGAAGUUGUUGGAGGUGGAAGGGCUGUAUGGCAAAGCCCGCUCCCGCCACACCUUCAUACAGGCCCUGACGCGCAGGAUCCGGGGACUAGUGCACCAUCCCAAGGGCUGAACACUCGCAUUCCUUGAAGAAAUAGUGACACAUGGAUCUUUUGGCUGAGGAGAGACAUAAUCUAAACAUUAAUGACAUGUACAAGUCUGCAGUUUUGAUUACAAUAAUCACUCAUUAAAUUUUCUGGCUAUGAGCUUCUCUUAAAAUAUCUUAGUGUACUGCUUUUUUUCUUUAUGUGGUAAAUAAAUGAUUUUCUAACAGACAACCCUCUUAUUGUAGAGUAUUUUGUGACUUUUUUUGGCUUGUUAAAAAGUAAAGGCGUUUUGCUAAGUACAAUGUUUUUUGUAGAAUUGGCAAAUACAGAUGUUAAUUCUUGGAACUUUCUUGUUUGUGUGAAUACUAAACACUUGUGACUCCGAUAACUUGCAUGGUGAGGAAGAGAGAUCUUAUUUAAUUUUACAACGUACACUUUAUAGAAGACAGUAAAGCACAAUAGAUCUUCAGUUUAGUUGGUACCUAUAAAAUGUGGUCUGUCUCAGCCCUGAAAAAUUCUACAGAGCCGGCUGUAAAAACAAUGGAAGGGAUUCUAUGAACUAAAACCAGAAGGUUAAGUUCAGAUUGCAUGGUAUGGAUUCUCUCAAAUGGGAGUUAUUGGAGCACACGUCAAUUCAUGAUGAAUUUAAAAAGAUGGCAAUUAAAUCAAACUAAGUGCCA